CUCUUUCUGCUCACUCUGGAAAAUUUGUUUAUUGUGAAACAGUUGCAGUGUCAAUGAGAAGUUAGCAGUAAACCACAUACCACAAGCGUUCAGUGUUAUCUGAGGAAGAUGCAGUGUUCUAGUGCAUACCUCUGAAGGAGCUGACCUGUGUCUUUCCUGGGCAUGGAGGUGCCAUAUGUGCUUCUCUUAACUAGACUUAUAGCAGAAGUUGCCAGCAAAUCUACUGAAAGUUCGGUUUCAGAAACAGAAUGCUGUGUGGAUAUGUUGGAUUCAAACAGUUCCUGUCCAGUAACCAACCAGUGCAGCCCAGGUUGUUACAGACGAUGGAAUGAGGAUGGUAGUAGCAGCUGCAUUAAAUGCAAAAAUGAAACCCUUCCUGUUUCAUCUGUUUACAAUCUCACUGAAUGCAGAAAUACUGGUAUCAGAGGAAUGAAUUUCCAAAUGAAUAUAAGCACCGUAACUCCUUUCAUACAGAACAUAGGGGGCCCAGAAGUGGCAGCCUCUCUCAUCUUAGGGACAUUUUUCAUCAGUUUAUUCCUGAUUCUGUCUGUUGCUUCUUUCUUCUACCUCAAACGUGCCAAUAAACUUCCUAAUGUUUUCUACAGAAGAAACAAAGCAUCUGUUCUCCAGCCUAGUGAAACAGCAUCCAUGAUACCUCCCCCAGCUUCUUCAGUUCGGAAGCCACGAUAUGUCAGACGAGAACGGUCACUAGUGACGUCUGCAUCUGCUGCUAUGAUCUCUUCUUCCGAAACCAGGGUCAGCAAUGUUUAGCCUUCAUUCUUGACUGAGGACUUUAUAAGUGUACACAGUGUCGAAGAAACUUUUUCUGAAUCCACUGAAGUGCCAGGAAAACAUCGCAAGCAGCUGACCUAAAUGGAAGCCAAAUUACUGUGUCAAAGGGUUUGUGCCAAAUGUUAACAGAGAAAUGAACUAAUGCAAAGACACUGAUGGCAGGCUACAUCCAGUUUGGUGAACUGCUUUGGUGAUCUUGAAAUGCACUAUUCCAGCUCUGUGGUUUCAUGUGUCUCCUGCAGAUGCUGUGUUUAAAAUCUUUAAAGAAUCUGCCUUUCUUUGGUACACUUUGUUUUGGCAAGUUUUUCCUGUGUUGUGAUGUGUUCUGUGUCCCCAGAGCUGAAUGUCUCAGUGCUGCAGGCCAACACAAAAUACUGGGAUUACUCAAGGAUGUGGACUUGUUUGAAGGACCCACUUGUAAAUGCUAACACUAAGUGCCACUGCUUUAACGUUGUAGGACAAUAUAACAAUAUUUAACAUGCAGUAUCCUUUUGAAGCAAAAAAUGAUGCCUCCUGGAGCAUCCUCUUCAGCCUAUGACAUAGCUGACCCUGGUUUUUAACUGUGACUAUAGACCCACUAUCCAGAUACUGUUGUUCUUGGUGCUUUUGAAGGCCGUGGUCAGUAUGGGUCCAAUCCCAAGUGUGGGAAUUUGUUGGGAAGCUUUUCCAAUUGGCUUCAUCUCAGUCCUUGGAUAAAGAGCUAUUUGCUAUGGCUUUGUAACUGAUAGGUUGCUAUGUCUGUCCUGCGAAGACUGUCUCCGCUAGCUUCCUUCCCUUAACACAGCAGUUGAAGGGAAACCAAAAUUCCUGCAGGGUAGUUGUGCAUGUUGGACGCGUCAGUGAGUAUUGAGAUGAACUGGAGAGGUCAGGUGAAUUUCUGCCAAUGCAAUAAGGGGUUUCUUUGGUCAAGCCCUUGAUUAACAUGCCUGACAUCUGCAGGCCAGCACCUUAUGACAGACCUCAACAAGUAUUUCCGUGUUGAAAGUGCCAGCCUAAAUAGCCCCCGCUCUCAGAUGCUUGUUCUUGCCCAUCUUGUGCCAGCUGUGUGGCUGAGUAGUCACUUGAUCAAGAAAUUAAAAUAGCUGUAAAAAAAUUAUUUUUUUUUUUUUUUUGGCUAGGUUAUCCUUCACCAUUUUUUUUUCCUGGCAUGGUUGACUGUUGCCAUGUGAACACCUAUACCGGCAUAAUGGACACAGUGGUAUGGGCAUAAGAGUGGGUGACUGGGAAAUAAGUGAAAAACCUGAGGUUGCUAAAUUGGUUGAAGUGUCACUGUCACCAUAUGUGAAAUUAUAACUAUGCAGCUUGUGCAUUCCCACCUGCCUGUGUUGCUAUUGCCUGUUCUGGUUUAGCUGGCACUCCGUUAUGGGUCUAUGCUCCUAAAAUAAAUUACUUGGAAGCUCUUCAUCAGCGUCCACUGGCAUGAACAUAAACUGGAACAGUUGGUUCCCUUUUUCAGGAAAAUGUGAACAUAACUGUCUUGAGCUGACAUGACACCCAUAUGGAGAGUCCAAAUCUUGUGAUCCAAAUUCCCUUUUCUCUGUGGUUAAAAGCUUAUUCAAAGCUAAAAGAUGAGAACUGGGAUGAGAGGAGAUAAAUAUAUCGUAUUGAAUAGACCUGGUUUUAUGUAAGUUUCCGUGCAGUUGUAUUUACUUUUAUCUAUCUCCUUACAAGGUCAUGAGAUCUCUUGCAGCAUCCAAACAAGCUAGGGCAAAGACUGGGGAUAAAGAACAAACCAUGAAGAGGCCCCCAUGCCAAAAAAAAGCCUGAAUUGCUGUAUGCAGAAACUUAAGAUUGUCUUUCUAUAGCAAUGAUAAAUAAAAUUUUUGUUCUACUGGACAAAACUAAAGACAGCAGACAAUGCCAUUUUGAGACCUUUCACCUUUCAAUGUGAAAUGUGCUUUAUGGUUCGUAUGUUCCAAGUUCAGGAGGUGGCAGUUUUGUUUCUGUCAUUUUGAUGUCUUUCUAUCUUUGUGCUGUUGCGAUUUUCCACAGGUAGAAAUUAUGUCUAGAGGUCAUAGGUGUUUCCUGAACUUACUUGCUGAAUAUUUUCUUAACCACUAAGGAAAAGGAGUAACUAUGCAAAUAAUGCCAAGAAACUGCACCUUUGAAAGCAGGGAGUUUCUGCUUGCGAAUCUGUCAGUGAUAGUGCAUUCUUGUGUUGCUUAGUUGCUAAUAUAUUCUUUCUACACAUAAAUUAUUGAAGGAUCAUUCAUGUCAUUGUAUUGUCUGAACCCUAUCUUAGCCUCAAGUGCAUAUUGUAACUUAGUUUAAUGUCAAGCGUCUAGUGCUCUAACUUCUGUGCAGUCAAGUUUUUCUCAAUGAUAACAUCUCUCUUCCCCUUCCCAUACUCUUCCCCCUCCAGCAAACUCUUUUAAAUGCAGCAGAUAUUUUUACUAUUUUUUUGCGUUUCAGGAACUGUUCAGCUUUUGUUAUUGCUGUGUGACACAGUGGACUCCUGGUCUAAACAGUUUCUCAUUUGUUUGCACUGUCAAAUUAAAUAUAUAAUGUGGUGUUUUGUUUCCAUCUCCCUUCAAAAUAAUAAUACAUACCUAUAUAUAUUUUUAAAAAUUGGCUUUAAUAAACCCUGAUAUUUAAUGUAUUUGUAUAUUUUUAAAUUGUGCCAAAAUAAACAUUUGAGCUUUUUUUUUUUAAUGAC